AUGUCCAAAGAAACGAAAGGAAGAAAUCCAGUUUCGGAAACCCGUUCGAAGAGGACACAGUGCGAUAGCAACAGGGGUGGACUCUCAUGCAGCAAAAUUGUUCUCAUGGACAUUUCUCUUCAAGACAAACCCGAUCAGAUCCAUAGAGUAUAUGCGUUAGUGGACGAACAAAGUAACUCUUCGAUGAUUACUCCUGAUUUGGCAAAUAAACUGGGUAUUAACAGUAAAAAAGAAAAAUAUUUCUUAUCUACCUGCAGUGUUUCCAAAGAGGUGAAAUACGGACGCCGUGUAUCUGGAGUGAUAGCAACGUCGGUGGAUGGUAAAUCGUCGAAGUUGCCCACUUUGAUCGAGUGUAACCACAUUCCACAAGAUAAAAGGGAAAUUCCAACACCUGAAUUGGUAUCGCGAUUUCCCCACCUUCAAGAACUCGCCAAAGAAAUCCCACCGUUCGACUCAAAGGCGGAAAUAUCCAUCCUGAUUGGACGCGACGCCCCAGAGCUUCUGAAAGUUAGAGAGUUCAGAAAUGGUCCGAGAGGCGCUCCGUGGGCUCAAAAAUUAUCUAUCUGUUGGACUGUUUGUGGUCAAGUAUGUUUAGAUCGCCUCGAUGGGGCAGUUCAUGUCUCAACUCAUCGCACCACUAUUUUCACCAAGCGUGCCUUAGACG